GAGUGAUAUUUGGAUACAUUUAUACAAUGUACAGUGACCAAAUUGGGAUAAUUAGCAUAUCUAUAACCACAAACAUUUAUCCUUGUGUUGGGAAUAUUCAAAAUCCUGUCUUCCAGGGUCCCGUCGGAGAAGAUGGCUCUGGAGAUGGUGCCCAAGGACUUGCAGUAUCUGCAGGCUUGUUUGUUGUGUUCGCUGGUCAAGACCAUAGACGAGUUUGAGUACAACGGUUGUGACAAUUGUGAUGUAUACUUACAGAUGAAGGGUAACAGAGAGAUGGUAUAUGAUUGCACCAGCUCCUCCUUUGAUGGAAUCAUUGCGAUGAUGAGUCUAGAGGACAGCUGGGUUCCCAAGUGGCAGCGAGUCAGUAACUUUAAGCCAGGUGUAUCUGCAGUAUCAGUCACUGGUCACCUGCUGCAGGAAAUCGUGCGGGAGCUGAAAAGUCGAGGAGUGGCCUACAAAUCCGGAGACACAGCUAUAAAGACCUAGCAAGAUGCAGGGCUGCCAGCAGCUUUGCUCUCUACUUCCUGCCUCUGCUUAUUUUUGCUAUGGAACUAAAUGGGAAGUACUCGAAAUACUCCCCACCCUCCAACUCUGAGACUUAGCAAUCUGUUAAGAGAGCAGCACAUCGUGUCCCUGAGCCAUUUUAUCUUUGGACUACUGAUAGAGGUGGGAGGGCUUUGGGUUGGUGGAUUAACAAGAGACUGAAUUGAGGAAAGAGUAGGAUGCCAGUUUUCCUACCCACAGCCCAGGGCUAUACCCUUGUCCACCAGUAGAACUCUGAGUCAAAUGCCAAUAAAU